AUGUUUUUUUUUCUCUUUCUACCAUUCAUUUCGAUAUUCAGUGUGGUGUUGGGUGAGCAAUGUUUGCAAUCGCCUUUUAUAGUUCCACCGACAGAAAAGUUAGACGUUGUUGAGACUUUUAAUAAAUCUGGAGUGACAGAUGACUACUUACCAGUACCUCCGAGUGGAAAUUUAGAGCUUAUAUUAUCAUCAAAACUAAUACCAUUAGGAGGCAUCAUUUCUCCCACUCUGACCUAUAAUUACUCUUUACCGACAUAUCACUACUCUGGCGUCAAGAAGGGCGAGCUCUAUACCGUUUUCAUGUUAGAUAUUGAUUGGCCAUCAAGAGACAACCCUAGAGAAAGAUCCUAUAUAAAUGGAAUAGUAGUUAACAAUCCAUUCGACAAUAUAUUAGGCGGUGAUUUCGUCGUUCCCUUUACUCCAGCUGUACCUGAAGUAAAUUCGGGGUAUCAUCGCUAUGUUGGGUUACUGUACAAACAAAAUGACGUCAUUGAUGCUGACUCUAUGGAUUUGUUGAAGUUGGCAAAAUUUAAGACUCGAUUUUCCGCCGUUGACUUUGCAGCUACAUACAAUCUUGGAAAUCCGAUAGCUGGAAAUAUUUUUUUCUCUCGAUACGUUACCUGCUCUUAA